AUGUUGAGGAGAUUCAAUGGAUGUGUAUCAGUGCGGGGUGACCUGGAAUUUCGUAAUAUCACAGGUGAAAAACCAGAAUUCUUGUUGAAAGUGCACGAGGGUUUUGCACGCAAUCACAUCCUUCCACUGGGCAAUAAUGCUUCCCUACCACUUCAUCCUGAUGAUCCAAUGAAGAAUCAGUUCCUGGUCUUCAACCGCGUGAAAGCAUUGCUUACUCCAAAAUCUGUAGUGCUGAUAGGAACAGAAGCCAAUCCAAGAUGUGUUAUACCUGAAAUCCCCAUUAUAGUGGAUCAGCAGCACAUUUUUGAAUAUAAUGCAAAUCGAAUAGGACUGCGUCUUAUCAAUGUAGAAAGGGCUAGCAGAAGUAGCCAAAGCUACACGUAUAGCGUUUCUACAUCGGGGGAGGCCAAAGCGACGAAACCUGUCGUAACAUUUAUAUUUUUCAGAUGGGAGCCACUCGCAUUGGAAGUCAAUGCACAAGAGAUUCUGCAGCUUGUUCAAUAUUGCCAAGACUCGAAAAGCUCUAUUUGCUUGAGCGAUCGUCACAAAGAAAUUUUCUCAUUACUUCAUCUCUUCUACACCUUUGUAAUAAUACUGGAAACACCCAUUUCGCUUAAUGAUGCAUUCCAACUACAUAUGGCGAGAUGUAAUGGAUUCAUGAUUGACAGGAUGGAAAUGCUGUUUGCCAUGUAUUUUCUUUUGUCUUGGGCUGAAAAAGCUCGAGUAAUUCCAGUAAAUUUGCAACAAACAUCAUUGCUUUGGAGAGAUACCUAUGAAAGAAUGGCUACUUUUCGAAGCACCCAUCCAAAUGUAGUCACUAUUCAUCCCGAUCAUUUGAUUGACAUAUCUGAUGAUGUUGUUAUGGAAAUAGCACGUUCUGGAGGUUUCCCUCCACCUAAAUUUUCAAACCGAAUUGAUGCUGUAAUGACGGAUAAGUUUGUGUGUCGAUGGAAUGCUCGUCUUGGGGAAACCGAUCUGAAAAAAGUGAGACUCGGAGAAAUAAAGGCAAUCAGAUCUGAUGAAAAUGAGGCAGUUUUAAAAGAAGAGAUGGAGGAGCUGCCAAUCACUUCACCUGAGGAAGAGGUAAAUCAAGACGAUACCUACAUGUACGUGAACAAGAAGUACCGCGGGAACUUCAGCGAUUUUUGGGAGGCUGAACGAAAGCAAAUAGAGUCUUUGAAGCGAAAAAGAGGCAAGAAAAGCAUGGAAAUUCCUCCUGAUAUAACAGUAAGUGCACCAAUAGAAAGUAUAGGGAGCAGAGAGCAGCCUGCUACUCCAUUACCCCAACCUAGCCAGGAGCAUAUAUCAAAAGAAGACUUCGCAAAGCCUGCAAAAGAGACACAAAUAGUAAUCAACGCCCUUCCUCCAUUUACGCACUCUACGCGAGAACCUCAAAAGGUUGAUGGUUUUGUUUUGGAAGAAAGACCACAAAAACCUGAAGCAGCAUUCGCGAAGCUAAAGAAAGUCCUUGUGAACAAAUUCAAAGCAAUACUGGGAUCGCGUGCCAAGCAAUCUUUCUUGCGUGCCUCAACUCCAAAUAAAUCCACGCCAACGGUUCCUUCAGGUGGUAGGAGAUCGAGGAAGAUGGGGGCGUCACCUUUAAGACUUCCACAGGAGCCAAGCACACGCAAAAUUUCUUCAGACGAAACACUCCAUAUGUUUCCCGAUAUAUCAGCGGAGCCAUCGCCACAAGUCAAUGUUAGUUCUUCGCUUGAAGGUCGACGGCCACCAAUCUGGAGAAAAAUAAACGAGGAAACGAAUCAGCUAAAAGUAGAUGAUGGAUCAUGUCCCAAACAGAUGUCGUCCAAGUCAUAUCCUGGAACCUUUGAAAAAGAAGUGAAAGCUCCGCCAGUAUGGAGGAAAGCUAAUAGCAUAGCCGCAGUUGAGACGAAAAGUCGAGAAAAAUAA